CACACCACCGCCGCUGAAGACCUCCGAGGGUGGUCCUUUGGUACAGACAAGCAAAUACCAAUUAAACAGGAGAAGAAUGGCGUUGAAGCAGAUUUCCAGCAACAAGUGCUUUGGGGGAUUGCAGAAAGUUUUUGAACAUGAAAGUGUGGAGCUAAAAUGUAAAAUGAAAUUUGCUGUCUACUUACAACCAAAGGCAGAAACUGGAAAGUGCCCUGCCCUGUAUUGGCUCUCUGGUUUAACUUGCACAGAACAGAAUUUUAUAACAAAAUCUGGUUAUCAUCAAGCUGCCUCAGAACACAGCCUUGUUGUCAUCGCUCCAGAUACCAGCCCUCGUGAAUGCAAUGUUAAAGGAGAAGAUGAUCACUGGGACUUCGGCACUGGUGCGGGGUUUUAUAUGAAUGCUCCUGAAGAGCCUUGGAAAACUAACUACAGGAUGUAUGCUUACGUAACAGAAGAGCUUCCCAAACUCACAAAUGCCAAUUUUCCAGCGGACCCCCAAAGGAUGUCUAUUUUUGGCCACUCCAUGGGAGGCCAUGGAGCUCUGAUUUGUGCUUUGAAAAGCCCUGGAAAAUACAAAUCUGUGUCAGCAUUUGCUCCACUUUGCAACCCAGUGCUCAGUGCUUUGGGCAGAAAAGCCUUUACUGGAUAUUUGGGAACAGAUGAAAGUAAAUGGAAGACUUACGAUGCAACUCAUCUUGUGAAGUCUUAUCCAGGUUCUCAGCUGGACAUACUGAUUGAUCAAGGAAAGGAUGACGAGUUCCUUUCAGACUGACAGCUCCUCCCAGAUAACUUCAUCGCUGCCUGUACAGAAAAGAAAAUCCCUGUUGUUUUUAGAAUACAAGAGGGUUAUGAUCAUGGUUACUACUUCAUUGCCACCUUUAUUGCUGAUCACAUUAGACAUCAUGCAAAAUACCUGAAUGCAUGAAAACUUCAGAUGAAGGAAUCUCUUCAAGAUUAUAAUUGCUGAGAAAAGAAGAGUGUUAAAUACAGGGUUUUGUAAUGCUAAAAGAGCUUCCUUCUACAAUUGAAUCACCUUCUGAAUGAAUACAUAAAGCAUGUUUCUGAUUUUUUUUUUACCAUUGUUCACAUAGGAAAACCUUAAUAAUUUACAACUUUCUUGCUGUCAUUUGGAAGGCUUUAUUGUAUUAACCUCAGGUCACAGAAUAUGAGUAUAAUUCUGUUCAAAUCAUAGAAUGCUAACUCUGGAACAAAGGAUU